AUGCCAAUCAUGUUUGCAACUGACGCAUGGCGUUCAACACUCACGUCUUGUCGGCGAUGUCCUCGCCGGCGCCCUGCAGCUCGUCGGCCGCGCCGGAGAUCUUCUCCUUGGCGGUCUCAGCCGCGUUGCCGACGGCGUUCUUGGCGUCCUCGUAGGCGUUGCGCGCCUUGUCGCCCAGGCUCUCCUCCUGUGGAACAGGUGGGGGAAACAUGUGAGAUCGCCCGCAUCGCACUACCCAGCCGACUCCGUGAGAAGCAUGGCCGUCCGUCCCGUGGAUAA